AAUAUUAAUAAUUUUGUGCACUAUUAUAAAUUUAAAUAUGCUGUGAGAAAAUAGAAUAUGUUCUAAAUUAACGACGUGAAUAGUUCACCUCGUACCUCAAAUUAAUGCGCAUUAUGAUUAGAAUUAAAAGAAUUACAGAUUUAGAACGGCUCCUUGAGACCUUUCCCAAACCGAAAGGCGCUGUGCCAAAAUUCGGUUUACCAGGGUGGAAAAUGAUGCCUCUGGAGCAUAAAAUACCGAUGAUACCUGGACCGAAGGGAGGACAGUGCAAAGUGGGGAAAAAAUUAUGGGGACCGAAAUCGGACUUUGAUCUGAGUGAUCCUUACUGCCACGAAACCAAAUUCCGUUACGAAUCCCUGCACGAUGAACAUCUGCUGAAGUUUUUUUCUAGACCGAUUAAUCGGAAAUAUCUACUGAAAGCUGAUCUUAUCACAGAUGACAUGGAUGUGAAAUGUUCGCUGCAAAAUUAUAACGAGUACAGGAAGUAUCUAAGGCAGAUGCAUGCUGAUCGUAUCAAGAAAGAGCUGACAAAAGAAAACCGUCUCUUUGUCGAAAGAAGAGCUCUACGCUUUGCCGAAGAUCAGGCACGCAAGGAAGCGGAAAGAUUGAAAGAAAGAGAGAAGUUGGCCAUCGAGAGACAGCAUCUCGUGCAGCAACGGUUACUACAAGAGAAACUGAGAAUUCGGAAACUGGAGGAGCGAACGUACAGAACAACGCGAAGAUUGAAAUUGUUAAAGUUCGUUAGGCGAGAAGAACAAAGACUGUUAAAUAUUAAGCGUAAUGAGCGGAUCGAACAGAUUCGGCAAAAAUGCAAAAUUGCGGCGGAGAUCGCUCGACGUAAAGUGAUCGAUACGUUGGUGGAUUGGAAGAAAAAAGACAAGGCACGAAAGAAAAACAAAGAAAAACGACUAAUGAAUAUCGCACAACAAAAGCAGAAAGACAUGGAAGAAAGAUGGACAAAAAAGUGGCAGUUCCAGGAAAAGAAUAUUGUGAAACAAAAAAUAUUAUUGCAACGUAUAGACGCUCGCCGUCAAAAAUUCAUAGAAGAUUACAACAACAAAAUAAAUAAAGAAACAGUAAAAAUGAAAAGACUUUUGGACGAUGCGAAGCUCUUCACAAACUGUUACAUGAAGAGGCGCUUACCAGAUGGAAGAAAACUUGUUUGCUGCAAAAAAUACUUAAAAAAUAAUAUGGUAAAUGCACAUUAAAGCACUUUAAACAGAAAAAAAACAUAUUUUAUAUUAAAUGUUUCUAUUAUGUCACACGGAAAGAAAGAUGAAGUAAAAUGUAACUCAAAAAAUUCAGCGAAUCUUCCGAAAUUCAUAAAACGGACGAAAC